UCGCAUUUUGCUGAAUCAUUUUCCGGUUUCCCCGUUAAAGCCUCCUUUACUCCCACUAUCCCACCAUAUCUUCUCCACACCCAACCCUCCCUCACACCACUACUAAAAACUCCAUUUUCAUUUGUUGUAUUGUAUAGAUACACAUAUAUCUUCCAAAUUUCUUUCAACUCCACAGUUGAAUCAGUCGGAAAAUUUCUUCAGCUCAAAUUCUCGAAUCACAAAUCGAACUAUAAAAAGUUGAUAAAAAUGAUGGCAUCGCUCAUGUCAUCAUCAAAUCCAGCAGCAAAUCCCGACAGAUCAUCAACCAGAAGAAAGAAGAAGAAAAUCCACCACAAUCCCCAAAUCCAACCCGAAACCCCCAAAAUCCAAUGGAAAUCCGACGCUCAGCAGCAAAUAUACUCCUCCAAGCUGCUCCACGCACUACAGCAGGUCCGGCUCGGCUCAUCCGGAUCCGAGACGUCAUCGGCUCCGCGCCGGGUGCGCGACGCCGCGUACGGCGCCUUGGCCGCGACGGCGCGGGGGCGGACUCGGUGGAGCCGCGCGAUCCUGACGAGCCGGCUGAAGCUCAAGUUCAUGAAGAAGAACAACAUCGCGAAGCGGCAGCGCAAGGUGAUGACGGUGAUCACCGGCGCCGGGUAUCAGCCGCGGAGGAAAUCGAAGGUCGCUGUCUUGAGGCUUAAAUCUAAGUGCUUGCCGGCGUUUCAGCGGAAGGCGCGGGUGCUGAGCCGGUUGAUUCCUGGCUGCCGGAAACAACCGGUGCCGGUGGUUUUGGAGGAGACGGCGGAUUAUAUUGCCGCUCUCCAAAUGCAGGUGCGAGCCAUGAGUGCAUUAGCCGAGCUCCUAACCGGUUCAGGCGCAUCUUCUAGCAGCUCGACGCAACUAAGCUAAUAAAUGUUUUUUUUUUUAUUUUCAGAUUUUCUGACUAUUCGGAUAUUCUUCCAGCUUAUGAAUAUCCUGAAUUCAUAAUGUGAAUUAUAUUUCUCUGAAUUUUGUUUUGGUUUGGAUAAACUUUGGAAUACGUGGAUGAGCAUUGUGUCUA